GCAGUUGUUACGGUGAAAACCCUUGAAUGGCAUCCCAAGUCGUCGCUUACCUCUUAUCGCGAUGGGCAUUCAUCAGCGUUCACUUCGUUUACCUUUAUUGGUUGAAUUUUAUCUUCAACGACCCAUUUGGUAUCGGAGGGAACACUAUGGAUGCGAGGGCAGUCCUACCGUAUGAGGAAUGUACACAUUUUGAUCGGAAGGCUUUCGUCUCGAACAUCGGAUCAUUUCUGAUAUUCUCCGCUCCCCAUUCUCUGCUCGCAAGAACUGCAGUGAAGAGAUUCCUAGGCUUGGAGAACAAGGCUUACGAGCGGCCUGUGUUCGCUUUCAUGAGCCCGAUAACGUGGUUCCUCAGCAUCUACGGUUGGACGCCUAUUACCGACUGUACUCGAUUCGAUAUCACACAAGUUGGUCUCAUCCAAUGUCUCGUGUCUGGUGGGAUAUUUAUUCUGGCCAACCUAUACCUACUUGGUCUUUUCUACGUCCUCCCGGAUCAUGUCUUCGGGACAAGCCGCUACAAAUACCAUGAAGGUGAGGAACAGCCGCAUGAGCUGUUCACCGCAUUCCCCUACAAUCUGGUCCGCCAUCCAGCGGCUUCGUCCUUCCUAUGGAUGUACUGGGUGCUCCCGGCAUACACUCCGAGCCAUCUCCAACUAGCCGCUCUCUGGACGAUCUAUAUCAUCCCGGCGACGCUGUUGUUUGAGGAGGGCGGUCUCAGAGGACCAGCUGGGGAGUUCGGUAAGGCAUAUGAAGAUUACGCCAGUAAAGUGAAUGCCUUUACCCCCAGCAAGCACGCUAUUGCAAGCGCUCUCGGUUGUCCUGUGGGAGCUAGAACCAACCGCAAGAGUGCGUAGAGUUAUUUCUAGAGGGGGUAUCUCUGUCGAGUAUGUCUAUCGUCGUCUACUAGUUGCCUGCUGGCGUUCUGGACUUCACACUUCGAAGUCGCUCAGUAGUGCACGUUCUGUUAUAGUCAUUUGCUCCUGAUUCCGUCGUCCUGAAUCUCGGAAAGGUCUCGCUGCCGUGGUGAACGAGCUCCUCUCGUUUGUUCGGCUGCUUAGAUGGUGGCCUCACAGCGUUCGCUCGAUCAGGCUAUAUGCGUGCCACAUGGGAGCCUCGCGCAUUUCCCAUUGUUCUUUCCCGUCGAACUACUUGUAGAUUUAUAUAGAUAUCAGAUAUUCUUAAUCUCACUAUAUGAAUAACCCUCGAAUCUCCUAAUGAUCCUGAGUCGUCAUGGACAGGGCCUAAAUGGCCCCCGAGACGAUACAGGAGCUUC